AUAACAGUUGCUGAUCUUCCAGGAUUAAUAGAAGGUGCCCACGCAAAUAAAGGAAGAGGCCAUAAAUUUUUGAAACAUGUGGAAAGAACUAAACAACUUCUCUUUGUUGUUGAUGUGUCUGGGUUCCAACUUUCUUCUCAUAAACCAUUCAGGACGGCAUUUGAAACUAUAAUGUUACUAGCAAAGGAGCUGGAACUGUAUAAAGAGGAACUUCAAGUUAAAUCUGCGUUGCUUGCUGUGAAUAAAAUGGAUUUGCCUAACGCCAAAGAAAAUUUUGAAAAGUUAAUGGAACAACUACAGAAACCUCAAAAUUAUUUACACUUGCUUCCACAAAAGAUGAUUCCUGAAGUCACUGUCAAAUUCAGGGAAAUCAUUCCCAUAUCUGCACUUACUGGCGAAGGAUCUGAGCAGCUGAUUACAUGCUUAAGAAAAAUAAUAGAUCAAGAAGCUGAAGAAAAGAUUGAAAGUUAUCAGAGGGAGCAACUCAGUGCAUUACAUCUCUCAAAAAUAUAGCAACAUUUUCCAAUUAAACCAAUACAUCAAUUUUUAUAACUCUGCUUCUAACUAAAUUCAUGCAAAGUUAUGGUUGCUUCUCUUUUUAACUAUAAAUAUGUGUAUUUUGUUCUUGUAAAAUAGUAAAAACAUAUGUAGAUUUUAAAGUUAUGUAUCUCAUGUACUUUGUAGAAUAAAUUUUAAAACAUGUAAAUAUAUAAUU